CAGGCAGAGAAUCAGGAAGUAAACAAACGCCAUGACUCUCAGCGAGUGAUGUUCCAGUGUUUGUUUGCUAACUUUUUAAGAUCAUGUCGUUUUUUUGUAUUAUUGAAAUAACACUUCUGAUUUAAACCUUUGUUUCCAUGAUCAUUUUGGGUAGUAGUGCAACGCUGUAUCUAGUCUUGACGACAGACCUGUGGUAGUGCAACGAUGGGAAUGACCUCCUCUCAGCAGGUCCUGAUCGCGUUUUCUUUGGUGAUGCUUGCCUUUGUGAUGUUCCCUAGAAUGUCCGGAGGUGGAAACAAAGAUGCGAGAGCAUUCGAUGCCAAUCAUCAAAGAAAAGCUGAGCAGGGCCCUGGAAGAGGGCAUCAUUCCAGCAUGAAUGCAGACGGCUCUAAGAGCCAAUCGUUUGCAAGCAUGCAACAAAUGAGAAAAGCCGUGGAGCAAGAAAUGAAGAACGAAAAAUACAAGGGAAACAACAAAGGAUUUGUGUUCACACUGAUGCCACUGUAUGCAGUUGGAGUUGGCGUCUUUGCAGUGUACAAGUUUCUUAAGAUAAAGUCACAAGAUGAGACAGGAGCAGUCAAGAGGGAAACUUCUAAUGGGACCAGAAAGCCAGAAGACACAGAAAAUCAACUGCAUGAACUGGAGCAAAGGCUGUCCCAGACGGAAAAGAUGCUGAACUCCAUACUGACCCAGCUAGAUCCAUUAACUAACUGUGUUGAAUCCGUGGCCUCUGAACAGAAGAACGAGAUCAUUGGGCAGCUCCAGUCCAUCAGACAGCUGAUGAGAAAGCGAGGCAUGAAUAGACAACAGCUAAACACUGAAGAACCAGAAUGUGAUAAGAAACUUGAAGACCUCAUCCAGUCACUAAAGGAAAGUGAGACCGAAUGCAGUGUGAAGGAGGGUGAGGAGAUCAGUACUAGCGAAGAAAAUCUGUUGGAGGAUCCCAAUGCAGACGAAGUUCUGAGUGACAUUUGUGAAAAUGAAGAUGAUGAAUCUAAAGAGGACGAUCUCGACUUCGUCUGCAGUGAAACACAAAAUGAAGACGUGGAGGUUACUCCAGGUGUCUCUGAAGAGCUGGAGGAGACGGGAUUAAGGAGACGCAACAAGCGUGAAUGAUCAGCGGUGUUUUCUGCUUUUAAAGAAAUACUAUUUUAAAGAAUUUGCCUUUUUCUUGGAUGGUGAAAAAAACAUAAUAUUGCAAGUAUCAAUAGAGCUGUGCACUAUUAACAUGGUUUUAUAUUUUUGAAUGUACUCUAUCUGAGCCACAAUAAUAAAUCUGCACCUGGGAUGUAACCUGGA